AUGUCCGAAUCCCAACCAUAUUCACCCCAGCAUACUUCAGCAUGGCUGGAUAUGCAGCUAUCUUCAGAUUCUGACUUGCAUGGCAGCUCUGAUCGCACAAAUCAUGGAAUCUACAUAUCACCAUCAACUUCCGCUUCACCCACACGCGAAACAGAGACAUCUGAAGAUGGCUUGAACUUUGGCAGGUCCUCUGUUCAAAGUUCAUGGCUUCAGUUGGAGCUUCCAUCAGAGGAGAGCUCAGAAAUGAGAUCUGAUGCUGAUGUUGUCACUGGUUCUGAUACAAGAAUCAGACAUUCUCAUCCCAUCUGCGAUGAUUUGUUUGAUAUUCUGGAAGAAUACAUGCAAAGACAUGAGGAGUCAUCCGAUGCUGGUACACCAGAAGGCCCACUGUCAGAGUCAGAUCAAGAUCGUGCUGAUGAUUAUCGCCCUGAAAGCUUGGAGGAAUGUGGUCCAGCAUGGACCAGAUCUCAUCUGGCUGACGAUUCAUCUGCAACUUCUGAGCCCCAAGAUGAUAUGGAAUCUCCAGGCUGUAGCAGAUGUAGACCCGAUGUUGAACUUGGCACGCCCCACCCUAUGGGCUCCUGCUUUGAGCAGCUUCACACGUUGAAUCCUCAGAUGCCUGUUGGGGGCGCAGUCCUUAAUUUCUUCCUAAUGACCAAGUGGUAUCCCACAUGUGGACUAGGCCCUUUGCAGUAUGCCGAUAUAAUGGCUGUGGCCCCUCCAAUAGUUAACAAUUUGGGUCAGAUGCCACACUUGAAUGAAAUACGGACUUUUCAGCAAAGGCACUUUGUGCCUCCUUCUCAGAAACAUCCCGUGGCCCAGGUUGGCUUCAUCUUGGAUAUAUCCCAGCACUACUGUGUAGCCAUCUUUGAUUAUCACCGUCAAAGUGCUCAUAUUUUGGGACGCCAUGUGACUUCAGAGGCCAGACCUGGAGUCAGUCCACAAAGUAACUGGGAGGAAUGGCAUGGUCCAUCGUACUGGAAACGCUUGGCCAUCUUGCAUGGCUGGCCUCAUGGAGAUCCUUCCGCUGUACACGUUCAUGAAGAUCCUAGAUUCCGCCUACCACGAGCAUCAAAUUGUGACUGUGGGCCAAUUGCUUGUUCCAUAUUGGAGCAUUUUCUAGACAAAGGGUUGAGCCACUAUGUAGAUGGCAGUUUGCAGCGCCCAACCAUACCCUGUGGACAUACCACUCGUCUCAGAAUUUUUGAGAUGGUGAAACUCAGCUGUAGACACCAGUGGCAUCACUAUCUAUAUCUUGGCGGCCAUCUUCCAGAUAAUUGGGACCCAACCGAUCGUAUCUCCAAGGCUGCAUUGGAAACCAGAAUGGAAGCACCUCCGCAGAUGGCUCACAAUCACCAGGUCAUAGUGACUCAGCUUGCCACUAUAUUAUACAACUGCCCAAACUGCCGUCCAAACUUAACCCGUACCACAACCAGCAUCUCAUCUUCUGGUCAAGCACCAGGGAAUGGAACCCAGAAUGAUGAGGGUCUGGAUCCUGAUUCUGAAGACCACAAUCCAAUCAGGAACUUGAUCCGGAGUGACCGGAUGACAGACAAUCUAAAGCAGCUCUUGGAUUCCCAUUCAUUGACCUCCGGUACUCAUAUCCGCGAUACGGGCACCAGACCAUCCAGAUGGCGGCCUUUUGAUCCAAGAUUUGAUCAAUACUGGGGUGGACCUACCCUGGAGUCCAUGCGUCCCAUCAUGGAUGCUGGUGAGAUCUGGUCUUCAUCCCGCAAUGCUUGGAUUAGUGCGCUAGGGUCAUCCAUGCUCUUCAGAGACUACGGUUACAGGAUUCUCCCCAGCUUCUCCCAGAUGUUCUGUUUGGGCCCUCCAGUGGACACCCUGAAUUGCAUAAUGGGUAUUGGAGUAUCUGAUACAUAUGAUCCCAGCUUGCAGGUUUCUCGCUGGAAUAAUGAAGGCUACAGUCUGUCACGUUGCUCCCUAUUUCCUGAUGACAGAACAGUUGUUGCCAGUGACGUGCGUAUCAUGGGAGCAUCUGAAAUGCUGCAACAUGCCAAUCAGCUGGUUUCAGAGAAUGCUGAUAUAUACGAGACUCUCUUUGUGUAUGGGGCAUAUCCGUUCACAAACCACCGGAUCUCCCUGGACCUGGAGCUUGACAUGGAUAUUCCUAAAGAAAUCAACAUAUCGGUGGACAUUGACAGCUACAUCUGGGUUACCUAA